UUAUUGCGUCAGUGCGUUGUGAAAAUAAAACAUAACUAGAUAUUUUUUUCAAUCACAUACUUUUAAUAGUAUAUUUUUAUUUACUAUAAUUUAAAUUAAUCAAUCAGACAACAUGGUUUUAUACAACUUCAAAAAGAUCACGGUCGUACCUACUGCAAAGGAUUUUGUUAACAUUAUGUUAUCAAAAACCCAACGAAAGACUCCAACUGUUGUGCAUAAACAUUAUAAGAUAUCAAGAAUACGUUCUUUUUAUACACGUAAAGUACGAUAUACUCAACAGAAUUUCAAUGAACGCCUGUCUAUGAUCAUUCAGGAAUUUCCUAAAUUAGACAAUAUUCAUCCAUUUUAUGCUGAUUUAAUGAAUAUACUUUACGAUAAGGACCAUUACAAACUUGCUCUUGGACAACUUAAUCAAGCAAGACAUCUUAUUGACAAUGUUGGUAAAGAUUAUGUUCGUCUCAUGAAAUUUGGUGAUUCAUUAUAUCGCUGUAAAAUGCUGAAGAAAGCAGCUCUUGGACGGAUGGCUACAAUUAUGAAAAGGCAAGCUCCAAAUUUGGUUUAUUUGGAACAAGUUCGGCAACAUUUAUCACGUUUGCCAUCAAUUGAUCCAUACACUAGAACAUUAAUAUUAUGUGGUUUUCCUAAUGUUGGAAAAUCUAGUUUCUUAAAUAAGAUUACUAGAGCUGAUGUAGAAGUCCAUUCAUAUGCAUUUACUACAAAAAGUUUGUAUGUUGGACACACAGAUUACAAAUAUUUACGUUGGCAAGUGGUGGAUACCCCUGGAGUAUUAGACCAUCCUUUGGAAGAGAGAAAUGUUAUUGAAAUGCAGGCAGUUACUGCGUUGGCCCAUUUGAGAGCUGCUAUUCUCUAUUUCAUAGAUGUUUCUGAACAAUGUGGUCACUCAAUUGCUGAACAAGUUAAGCUUUACGAGUCUAUAAAACCAUUAUUUACCAACAAGCCAUUAUUAGUAGUAUGUAACAAAGUUGAUGUUACACCUAUGGAUCAGAUAAGUGAGGCUGGUCGUGAAGCAUUAAGUAUUUUUGAGAAAAAUAAUGUCCCAUUGUUGUCAAUGUCUGCCGUGACCGAUGAAGGUGUUAUGGAAGUCAAACAACAAGCGUGCGAUACUCUCUUAGCUUAUCGUAUUGAAAACAAAAUCCAAGCAAAGAAAGUUGAUUCGAUUUUGAACCGUUUACAUGUAGCACUGCCUAAGACUCGGGAUGAAAAAGAGCGACCUGCUUGUAUACCAGAAAUGGUAUUACAAAAACAAAGAUUGGCUGAGCUUCAAGAAUUUAAGAAGAAGCUUGAGAAAAAUUUGGAAGAUGAGCUUGGAGAUGAUUAUAUUUUGGACCUUAAAAAAAGUUAUGAUCUACCUGAUGAGUAUAAAUAUGACGUGAUACCAGAAUUUUGGAAUGGAAGAAACAUUGCUGAUUUCAUUCAUGCAGAAUUAUUGCAGAAAGUUGAAGAACUUGAAAAAGAAGAAGCACUUAGAGAAGAAGCUGGAUACUAUGCUGUACCUAAAAUUGAAAUUGAUGAAACAUUGCGAGAAAUUAAAGAACUGGCUCAAAAGAUCAGAGAUCGGAAGAUUAUUAACCGUAACGAAAGUAGAAUAUCUCGUCAAUCUAGUAAACCUACAACACCUAGAACUGCUCCAGCUCGAGCCCGUGGUCGCAGUGCUACAGACUUCAGAAGCCGUAUGGAAGAUCUUGGUGUUGACAUGGAGGGCACUGAUGAAGCACAUUUCACCAAAACUCGUGGUCGAGCUCGUUCUUUAACAAGGUCCCAGUCACGAACAAAUGCCAAAAAACCACGUUUGGGAUCUAUGCAUCGCUCAGUAUCUACAUCAAGAAGUCAGAGUAGAGUACCAAGAAAUCAAUCUGGUGUUCGUGACUCUUCGAUGCAAUUGAAACUUAAACAAGUGGCGCAUAAAGCAAUUGCGAAGAAAGUUAAGAAGCAAGGUCUCAAAGGUGAAGCUGAUAGAUUCAUUGGAACUAAACGACCUAAACACUUGUUCGCUGGUAAAAGAGGCAUUGGUAAAACAGAAAGACGUUAAUUCAUUUACGUUAUACUUAAAUUUUUCAAAUGAUUUCAAUUUCUUUCCAAAACAUAUUUU